AUGUCCGCGCGCCGACGUCCGCCAGCGCGGUCGCGCACUGAACUCCCUCCGCUGAAGAUCGUCCGCAAGAUCCUCUUGCUGCAGCUCGCAUACUAUGCCUGCGCCACGGUCCUCAUCUUGUUCACGACCAUCGUUUAUGGCGCACCGUUCUCGCUAGACCUGGUCUUUGGCUGGGACUCUCUGCGCGGUGAUACGACCAUUGGAUGGAUGUUGGGAUUGGUGUGGAUGUUGAAUUGCUUUAUUAGCGUCAUUUUCCUACUUGUUUUCGUAUCCCGCUCAAAGCUCGUCCCGGAUUUCGCUCUGACGAUCCAUUUCCUCCACCUCAUCGCCACCACUUUGUACACACACUCCCUCCCUUCAAAUCUACUUUGGUGGGGACUUCAAUUCUCCAGUGCAGCCAUGAUGACAUUCCUCGGCAUGUGGGCAUGCCAAAGACGCGAACUCGAGCCUAUCAAGUUUGGUGGACAUCGUGAUAGCACUCAAGCUGGCCCGUCCUCACAAGCAUCUGCCGGCGAUGGUCAGCAGGAGUCGAGCUUUGGCCGCGGCCGCGGUCGAGAACGCAGCUUGCAAGAAUAUGAAAUGGAUGAUAUGAAGCACACCGGCGAGCAUGCUGUAUGA